GAACGAAAACAUCUGUCAAAAUUAUUGCUAGAAUCUCAGGAGUUUGACCACUUUUUGGCCACCAAGUUCACCACAGUGAAGAGAUAUGGAGGUGAAGGGGCCGAAAGCAUGAUGGGCUUCUUUCACGAGUUACUGAAGAUGUCAGCCUGCAGCGGCAUAACUGAUGUCAUUAUUGGGAUGCCUCAUAGAGGGAGGCUGAAUUUAUUGACAGGCCUUCUGCAGUUACCUCCCGAGCUGCUGUUUCGUAAAAUGCAAGGUUUAAGUGAAUUUCCAGAAAAUAUCUCAAGUAUUGGAGAUGUACUGUCCCAUCUGACCUCCUCUGUGGACCUGGACUUUGGUGCCCACGGUCCCCUCCAUGUGACAAUGCUGCCUAAUCCCUCACAUUUGGAAGCUGUUAACCCUGUGGCUGUCGGGAAAACUCGAGGCAGGCAACAGUCUCAGCAAGAUGGUGACUACUCUCCAGAUGGCUCCGCUCAGCCUGGGGACAAAGUCAUUUGCCUACAGGUUCAUGGUGAUGCUUCUUUCUGUGGUCAAGGGAUUGUUCUUGAAACAUUCACGCUCUCUAAUCUCCCACAUUUCAGAAUUGGUGGGAGUAUCCACUUGAUUGUUAAUAACCAGCUGGGCUACACCACUCCAGCAGAAAGAGGAAGAUCUUCCUUAUACAGUAGUGACAUUGGGAAGCUUGUAGGCUGUGCUAUCAUCCAUGUCAAUGGAGACUGGCCAGAGGAAGUGGUCCGAGCCACACGACUGGCUUUUGAAUAUCAGCGCCAAUUCCGCAAAGAUGUGAUUAUUGAUUUAUUAUGCUAUAGGCAGUGGGGCCAUAAUGAGUUGGAUGAGCCUUUCUUCACCAACCCAGUCAUGUACAAAAUCAUCAGAGCCCGAAAGAGUAUCCCUGAUACUUAUGCAGAGCACCUCUUUGCCAGCGGACUCAUGACACAGGAGGAAGUGUCUGAAAUAAAAGCCUCCUACUAUGCCAAGUUAAAUGACCACUUAACCAAUGUGGCCCACUACGCCCCCCCUGCCACUAACUUGCAGGCUUCCUGGCAGGGCCUGGUUCAGCCAGAAGCAUGCAUCACCACCUGGAACACAGGCGUACCUCUAGACCUCCUGCGGUUUAUUGGCGUAAAGUCUGUGGAGGUACCAGAGGAACUAGAAUUACACAGCCACCUUCUAAAGAUGUAUAUUCAGUCCAGGAUGGAGAAAGUGAAGAGUGGAGCACAUGUAGACUGGGCCACAGCAGAAACCCUUGCCUUGGGCUCCUUACUUGCUCAAGGUUUCAAUGUCCGUCUGAGUGGCCAAGAUGUGGGCCGUGGAACUUUUAGUCAAAGGCAUGCAAUGGUAGUUUGCCAGAACACCGAUGAUGCCUACAUUCCUCUGAACCAUAUGGACCCUAAUCAGAAGGGGUUUCUGGAGGUUAGCAACAGCCCCCUGUCAGAAGAGGCUGUCCUGGGAUUUGAAUAUGGGAUGAGCAUUGAAAGCCCAAAGUUACUGCCUCUUUGGGAGGCUCAGUUUGGUGAUUUCUUCAAUGGAGCCCAGAUCAUCUUUGACACGUUCAUCUCUGGAGGCGAGGCCAAGUGGCUCCUGCAGAGUGGCAUCGUCAUCCUCCUUCCACAUGGCUAUGAUGGGGCUGGGCCUGAUCAUUCAUCAUGUCGAAUAGAGCGCUUCUUGCAGAUGUGUGACAGUGUGGAAGAGGGGGUGGACAGUGACACAGUGAACAUGUUCGUGGUACAUCCAACUACUCCUGCACAGUAUUUCCGCUUGCUUAGAAGACAGAUGGUCCGCAACUUCAGAAAACCUCUCAUUGUUGCUGCUCCCAAGAUGUUACUCAGGUACCCUGCAGCUGUGUCAAGUCUUCAGGAAAUGGCACCAGGAACAACAUUCAAACCUGUUAUUGGUGAUUCAACGGUAGAUCCAAAAAAUGUUAAAACCCUCAUAUUCUGCUGUGGCAAACAUUUUUAUGCCCUGUUGAAGCAAAGAGAAUCUUUGGGGGCCAAGAAACAUGACUUUGCCAUCAUUCGAAUCGAGGAACUCUGUCCUUUCCCACUGGAUUCAUUACAGCAAGAGAUGAGCCAAUACAAACAUGUUAAAGAUAUUAUUUGGAGUCAAGAGGAACCUCAGAACAUGGGUCCAUGGUUUUUUGUUUCUCCAAGGUUUGAAAAACAACUGGCCUGCAAGACAGGGUCUCACCAAGCCCAUUCUGACCUCAAAUUCACUGUGUAG